AGUAUAUUUCUAACUUUUGAUCGUUGAAUUACAUUUGAAAUGAAAAUCUUUUGGAUUUUCUUCUUGGCCACAGUGGCCACUGUUCGUGGUCAAUUUGAUCCGCACUACGUUGCAGGUCGUAGUGUGAUGGUCUUCCUUAUGGACUGGAAGUAUGAGGACGUUGCUCUGGAGUGCGAGAGGUUCCUCGGACCUAUGGGCUUUGCUGGUGUUCAGGUUUCAGCUGCUUCUGAAAAUGAUAUUGUUACAAGUCCACUACGUCCUUGGUGGGAACGCUAUCAAGUUGUCUCAUACAAGAUCGGUUCGAGAUCUGGGGAUGCAGACAGUUUUGCAGACAUGUGCACCAGAUGCAAUAACGUUGGGGUACGCGUCUACGUUGAUGCCAUCUUCAACAACAUGGGGGGUAUGGGGAUUAUGAAUGGAACAGCCGGAUCAUUGGGAGAUUCAAUAACAAGAACCUUCCCUGCUGUCCCCUACACUAUUCUAAAUUUCCACAAUCCACCAUGUUCGAUAACAGACUACAACAACACGCAACAGGUUCGCAAUUGUGAUCUUGUAGGUGCUCCGGAUCUUGAUCAAUCUCAACCCUAUGUUCGAGAUAGAAUUGUAGGUUAUCUGAAUCAUCUAACUUCCCUUGGGUGCGCUGGUUUUCGCAUUGAUUCAGCCAAGCAUAUGUGGCCAACGGACCUCCAGGCCAUCUAUAGCAGUGUUAUAGACUUAAAUACAGCUCAAGGAUUUCCAGCUGGUAGCAGAUCAUUCAUCUUCCAAGAAGUCAUUGAUUCUGGCAAUGAAGCAAUUAAGAAGACUGAUUACUCCGGAAUUGGUGAUGUUACUGAAUUCCUCUAUUCGUACUACCUUACUGAUAUCUUCAAAGGCAAUCAACCUCUGAGCACCUUGAGUACUUGGGGUCAAUCAAACUGGGGAUUCCUUCCAUCGGAUCGUGCUUUGGUGUUUGUUGAGAAUCACGACAACGAACGUGGUCAAUACGAAUCAGCAGCGCUCAACUACAAAGAUGGAAAACCCUACGUAAUGGCUGUGGCCUUUGCUUUAGCUCAUCCUUUCGGCAAUUUACGCAUCAUGUCCGAUUUUGACUGGACAACCUACGAUCAGGGACCACCAAUGGAUGCCAAUCAGGACAUCAUUUCACCCACUAUCAAUGCAGAUGGCAGCUGUGGAAGUGGAUGGGUGUGUCAGCAUCGUUGGAGGCAGAUUUACGGUAUGGUUGGCUUCAGGAAUACUGCAGAUACAGCAGACGUCACCAACUUCUGGUCCAACGGCAACAAUCAGAUUGGUUUUGCUCGUCAAGGACGUGCCUUCGUGGCUUUCAACAACAACGACGCGGAUAUGAAUCAGACUCUUCAGACAACCCUUCCAGCAGGCACGUACUGUGAUGUCAUAACCGGCGUUGCGGAGAAUGGAGCCUGCACAGGUAGAACCAUUGUUGUGGCAAAUGAUGGAACAGCUAAUUUUGUUAUCCUUACAUCAGAUGCAGAUGGUGUGAUUGCCAUUCAUGUUGACCAGAAAUUGUAAAAGGAAUUUAAAAUAAAAGCACAGACCAAGAAUUUUGGUUGUUCCUUGAAAA